UCCUUCUUGAAUUAUGGAUUCCCUCCCUCAUUGAUCACUUCUGCUGCAGUUCUCUCUGUGUUAGCCCCACACUCAUAGCUGUCUCCAGCCCUUCUCCCACUCCAUUCCAUCUGCCAGCCCAUCCCUCUUCUCUCUGUAAUCACUAUUAAAGCCACAACAAUGGAACCAAAGAACACUAUCACUACUACUACUACUACUACUACUACUACUACUACUAUUACUAUCACUACUACAACCACAAUGCUUUCUCUUCUCCAUCUCCUCCUCUUCUUCCUCUUCUCCUCCUCAAUGUACACAUCCAUUCAAGUCCAAGCUGCAUCUCCAUAUCCACAAUACAAUAACACCAAACAACAACUUGAAUUGAGAACUAAAACAAGCUCAAACCAAAGCACAAACAUACCACUAUCUACAUCCAAAAAGUACGAAGGCUCAUCGGAGCUCAUUCAUCUCCGGUACCACAUGGGCCCAGUGCUCUCCUCCCCAAUCAACCUCUUCCUCAUCUGGUACGGCCAUUGGUCAUCCCUUCACGCCAAGCUCAUCCGCGACUUCCUCCUCUCCAUCUCCAACUCCAACUCCAGCGCCGGAUCCCAUCCAACUGUUUCCCAAUGGUGGGGAUCCACAGCCGCACUCUACGCCGAUCAAACAGGAUCCAACGUCACCCGCCGAAUAGCUCUAGCACGCGAGAUCUCCUUCCCGGCGGCACCAAGAGGCAAAAGCCUCACCCGUCUAACAGUCCAACAAAUCAUCGGCGACGCAGUCACAGCCGGAUCUCUCCCAAUCGACCACCGUCACGGUGUUUACCUCGUGCUCACCUCCGGCGAGAUCCAAAUGCAGGACUUUUGCCGCGCGGUAUGCGGAUUCCACUACUUCACCUUCCCAUCAAUCGUCGGCCACACACUACCCUACGCUUGGGUCGGCGACAGCGGCGAGCAAUGCCCGGAGGUGUGCGCAUACCCAUUUGCAGUACCAUCGUACAUGGCAGGAGCGACGGUGGCAAUGGCACCACCAAAUGGAGAUGUAGGAGUGGAUGGAAUGGUGAGUGUGAUAGGGCAUGAGAUGGCGGAGUUGUCGACGAAUCCGUUGGUGAAUGCGUGGUACGCCGGCGAGGAUCCGACGGCGCCGACGGAGAUUGGGGAUUUGUGUGAAGGAGUGUAUGGGAGUGGAGGAGGUGGAGGGUAUACAGGGGAAGUAGAGAAGGAUGAGAAAGGGAGAAGAUGGAAUAUGAAAGGGAGGAAUGGGAGGAGGUUUUUGGUACAGUGGUUGUGGAAUCCGGUGAUCAAAGCUUGUUAUGGACCUAAUGCUCUUGAUCAGUGAUCGGAGACGACGACGAUGAAGAAGACGAUGAUGUUUAUUUUUAUUUUUUGUUUUUUUUAUUUUUUGUUUUUUUUUAGGUUUAUUAUAUUUAUAUAUAGAGA